AUGUUUGACAAGAGUGGUAGAUGCGAAGUGGUCGAUCCUCCGGGGUUCGCAAAGGAUUUGAUGGACAGCUUUCGAUGGAUGAUGGAUGCUUUCUCUGGAAAAAUAAAUUAUGAAGAUCGACAAAGAGUUAUCUAUACAAUGAUAGAAACGGCGCAGUAUGGGUAUAGAAAAAUUGUGUCAGCGCUACUGUACGGAAUUCUGACCGAAGAUGAACAUACAAGGUAUUAUGACCACAUUUGCGAUCAUGACAGAGAUAAUUACGGUUAUCUUAUAUCUGUGAUGAAUCAGAUAGUUAAAUACAGAGGCUUUGCGUUAUAUUCAAGAAAAACAAUUGAUCGGAUUUUGUGGCUUAUUACCAUCAUAAUAGAUGAUAAUAGGGAAAGUACGGUGAACGCUCAGCCUGGAUUGUAUGAAGUUUGUGAAAACCUCCUUCGUCAAAUUCGUGGAGGUGACAAUUCUGAGCCAAACAUUUGGCUAUGCGAAAAGAUGCUUGAAUUGCUAAAAAGAGAAUCAGUGUGGCUUUUUCAAAAUGAGCGAUUGAUACAUGUGACCUUUUAUACAUUCGCGAGCUUGGCAAGAGAACAUGACAGAUUUGAUCAGCUACGAACUCGGGAAGCACAAUUUUGCAAAAUUAUUUUUGAUAACCACUAUAACGUAUGUUUUAAAAUCGGCCGUGAUCUGUAUCGAUUGUUAUUAGAAGUUUCAAAUAUCCCCGACUUUGCGGCCAUUUAUAGUAAUUUAGAUCCUAAUGCCAAAUUGCUUAUGAUACGUAAACCGACGGUGGACUAUUGUUUGAGUAGUCGCCUUACAAACGAUGAGAAGGCGAGAAUAAUCGCAUACUUGGAAAAUCAUACACCAAAGGCUUUUCCGAGAAAAUUCGAGACAUUUUUCAGAGAUUUUUCAGUUUCUGGAUAUACGCUUUCAGACAUAAUAAGAUGGAUAUGUGGUGCAUUUCGCCUAACAAAGCCAAAUUCGGAAUGCCAAAGACACCAAUUGAUCAGCGCAAUGAUUACCCAUGCACUUGAAAAAGAACCCUCAAGCGAAAUGAAACAGACGAUUGUAGGGUUGUCAAAAAUGGCACUUAUAUUAGAUUGGUUAUCUUUUGACAGGAACAGUAUAAAUCAAAGUGUAAACGAUAAUAUAAAUAAUAUUGAGCCAACAAUCCGCUUGAUAUUAGAAUUGUAUCGUACUGACUCUCAAUUUGGACCAGAAUUGAUUGAGUGUUUAGGAUCUUCAAUUAACAAUUUCCUUCCGGGCUUUGAGCUUGAAAUUCGUGAAAACGUUAGAGUUGCUGCUCAAACCGUUUUACGAAGGAAUAUCAUGACGAUAGAUGACCUUAACAUGAUUCGGAGUAAAGCCAAUGAUGGCCGUGCCGCUAAUAGGAUAAUAUUGGAAAUAUGGGGCAACAAUAAGCAGGCUGAUCUUGAACCAAUAAACAUUCAACCAACGAUUACGCGUCCGAAUAUUCUAAAUAAUUCACAGUUCGGAAUACAUCAAUUACACAAUCAAGCAAGUUCUUCACCUUCAACUUCUUAUUCUUCGAAAAUUCAAACUGAUUCUCUCCAAUCUCAUGCAUCAGCUGCACAAAUUCAGCCGUUGACCACUCGAGUUCAACUUACUCCUUCAUCUUCAAAUUCUCCUCAAAAGCUAAGUUCUAGACGUACAUCUGUAAAAUACGAUUCCAUACCAAUGCAAAGUAAUCUAUCAGUUCAGCCAAUACAACAAGACUUGCCUGUUACGGUACCGAGACAACAACAAAUAUCUCUGACGUCGGCAUUAAAACCAUCCGAUCAGAGAAAUAUUCUAGAUAAUUCUAAAAAGUUACGAAUGUGGUUAUAUUUAACUCCGUUGCAAAGCUUUGAGAAAGCCAUUCAAAAUAAUAACAUUGAUGAAGCUCUUGAAAAUUUAAAAAAUAUUUUCGAGACAUUUUUGAAGAAUGUAGACCUUGGAUUUCCUAAUUCGCCUCAUUUUAAGGAAUUGCCUGAAAAAUUAGCAAAACCUUUGUGCAAUUCAAUUAACUUUGACGAAUUAAAGGACUGUUAUGAUCUGACUAGUCGAUUACUUAAAAUCGAACCCUCUGGAAGAAAUCUUUUCAAUCUAUUGCUUUCAUGGAUAUUUCAGUGGAGAACUGAAUCAAACGAUAACAAUUCAAAUAAAUAUAAGGCAUUUGAAUUGCUAAGGCUGAUCAUUAAUUGCGUUGAGCAGACAGAUGGAAGCAAAGAAAUUCAUGUCAAAGCACGAUCUAAAUUAAUGGUGUAUUGUCUAGGGAGAUCACAAUCAAGCGUAUUACAUGAUACAGUGGGUGUGUUUCUCGAUACAAUGGGUAGCAUCAACACAAAUUUGCCAGAAGUUAUCGAGUUAUAUACCACUUACCUAAAAUUUGAAAUAAUACGUGAAAAGUCAUCAUCUGAGAUUGAAGAAGAAUUUAAACAAGAAUUUAAACUUAGAUGGUUGGAAGAUCUGACUCUUAUUCAGGAAAACGAAAAUAAUGUAUUUUUAUCCAUGGUUCCACAAUUGCUUAAGUGCUGGCCAGAUAUUUUUGUUGGAGUUCCGCGGUUCAUUUACAUGAUUGUGAGUGGAGUAAACCCUGCAAUAAUUUAUAAAUUUGAAACUGAUUUGAGACAACAAAAAUACAGAGUUGUCGGCGAUAUCGAAGGCGUAGAUUCUAUCCUUGCAUGCGCUUUGGAAUGGGACUCAUUUGAGCAGAUAUAUCUGUUUAAUUUGAUAAGAUCAGAAUACGGCAAUGAUGUCAAUCAGACUGAAAAAUUCAUGGAUACUUCGGUUUAUUUAAAAAGCUUGGACCCUUUAACACAUCCUGAAGCAUUAACUGGCUUAAUUUGGCUUCUUGAAACUGUCUCCCCUACCGUAAAAAUUAUUGAGGCUCUAUUUGAAAUUAUGAUUUCUACAACAACCGAUGAAGCACGUUUUGAAAUAAUAAAUUAUAUAAAUUCGAUAUUUCAUUCAUGGCAAAAAAAUACGCAACAUGUAUCAGAGUUAAAAUCUAGUUUAGGACAAUAUUUUGACAAUCUCAGCAUUGAGGAAAAUAAAGACAAAGCCGUUGAUUUAAUUAAAGCCGUAGUGGAAUUAAUGGAUGAUCUAUGGAAAAAAGCACAUCCUACGUUAAAACGUGGAUUAUUGUCGUUGCAGCCUAAAGUUGAAAGUAUAGCAGCCUCAAUCGGUAUACAAAUAAAAUUUUCUAACUUGGUUGAAAUGCUUUCGGAUGAAAAGCACAUGGUGCUUGAAGAAAAUGAUGAUGAGAAUAAUAGCAAUUCCAAGCUUGGUGCAUUACCAAUAUCAAAACAAAUGAAGCAUCAGGAUCGCCAGUUGCGUUCUACGACUGUGCAUUCUCGUAGCACCGCGAAUGAGCCAACAACAACUUCUACAUCUGACGGAGAAGAAAAUGAGGAAGAGACAUUAUGCAGAACACCCCCACCUGUUUUACCAAAACGCGUUAAAAGAAAAAUUAUUGUUAGUUCAUCGGAAGAGGAACAGGAAGUUGAGCAACCAAGUAAUCGCAAAAAUCGGUCAUCACGUGCACGUUCUUCCCAGACGUCAUCCUCAAGGUCUACUAUGAAUACUCCCCAACUUUCAGGUGGUAAACGUAAGAGUACUAUUCCAACUGCUUCACGGAAGAAGCAGCCAAAAGUUUCUGAAAAGUCAUAA